AUGUCCACACAACAGCUUUCCUAUCGCCAGUUGGAGUCAGACGUUGGAAGUAUGGGUGCGGAGGGAGAAGAAAGCGACAGGCACAUCUCACUUGCGGGAACCAUCAUCAAUGAGCCAAAAUCGUACCCAAACGUCGUCGAUUGGGAUGGUCCCAAUGACCCUGAGAACCCUCUCAACUGGUCAUCCUCCAAGAAGAACAUGCAUGUAAUUAUUGUGAGCCUCUUCUCGCUUGCAGCAAACUUGGCUGCAACUAUGUUCGCCCCUGGAGCAGAGCAGUUGGUCAAUGAAUUCCGAGUCACUGAUUCCACCGUCGCGGCCAUGACAGUCAGUCUCUACGUGCUUGGCUUCGCUCUAGGUCCACUGAUUCUGGCACCUCUUUCCGAGCUGUAUGGCCGCCUCAUCGUCUACCACUUCUGCAACAUCGUCUAUUUCGCAUUCACUGCCGGAUGUGCGUUUAGCACCAACGUUACAAUGUUUCUCGUCUUUCGCAUCAUCUGUGGCUGCGCUGCCUCGGGCCCGAUGAGUAUUGGAGGGGGAACAGUGGCCGACAUUACCCCUCAAGAGGAGCGAGGCAAGGCAAUGGCAUUGUUUGCCAUGGGGCCGCUCUUGGGGCCUGUCGUUGGACCCAUCAUGGGCGGCUUUGUGUCUGAAAAUGUUGGCUGGCGUUGGACGUUUCGAAUAAUCCUGAUUCUGUCUGGAGUUAUUGGCGUCGCCACGGCAAUUUUCACACGAGAGACUAACGCCGCAGUCUUAUUGCAACAGAAGACGGAGCGAAUGCGCAAGCAAACAGGAAACGACAAACUGGUACCCAAAGUAACCCGGGAGGGGACACCUCGCCAAAUGCUCCUAAGGGCCAUCGUUCGCCCACUAAAAAUGCUCAUCUUCUCGCCCAUUGUCCUUCUGAUUUCGCUAUAUACUGGAAUUCUCUUUGGCCUAGUCUUCUUGCUAUUCACCACUUUCCCCGCUCUGUUUGAAGGAAUCUAUGACUUCAACGCAGGUAUUGCUGGGUUGGCCUACCUCGGUCUUGGUCUUGGCAUGGUAGUUGGCUUGGUACUCUUUUCCGUUCUUAGCGACAAGCUAUUGGGACAGAAAAAGGAUGGCCCUGUUGCCCAACCGGAGAAGCGUCUUAUUCUCAUGAAGUGGUUCGGCCCUAUCACCCCGCUCGGAUGUUUCCUAUACGGCUGGAGUGCGUACUACCAUACACACUGGAUUGUACCAAUUUUGGGAACCUUCAUUGUCGGCCUCGGGUCCCUAUUUGUUGUCAUACCUGGACAGAUAUAUCUCGUCGAUGCCUUCGGACCGGAGGCCGCUGCUUCAGCCCUUGCAGCGAACUUGCUAAUUCGCUCUCCCUUUGGCGCGUUUCUUACUUUGGCGGCUUCACCGUUGUAUGAGAAACUGGGACUGGGCUGGGGAAAUAGUGUGUUGGGAUUCAUCUGCCUGGCUUUUACGCCGGUGCCAUGGCUGUUUUAUCGCUAUGGCGAGACAUUAAGAACUCGCUUCCCAGUAGAGCUGUAG